CGCGGGAGUUGUGGAUGUUUGAGGCAAACUCCAUCAAGUGACACCAAGCAGCUGCCCCGGAGGUUUUCGCGUGGUCUCACGUCGAAGGGCUUUGUCCGUGGUGAGGAUGUCCAUGGUGUUUCUGUGAAGCUGAGGUAUGGCUGCCGGAAGGUUACUGCUCUAUGCUGGCCUCUCUUUAGCUUUGUGUGCCCUGGGCAUGCUGGCCGUAGCAAUCUGCUCUGACCACUGGUAUGAAACUGAUGCCAGGAAGCACAGGGAGAGGUGCAAGAGCAUCACCGGUAAGAGAAACGAUCCUGGCUUCAUUUAUAACUCCAACAACAACCUGCCUCUCAGGGCCAGCAGGUCUAGGUUGGACCGCUGGGAAGGGAAACUCCUCUUGGCAAGAAACAGGAGGCAGAUCUUUGCCAUGAGUCCGGUCGAUGAGUGCAACAGACAGUACAAUUCCACCAACAUGGGGCUCUGGAGAAAGUGCCACCGACACGGAUUCGACCAAGAGCUGGAGGAGCUGAUUGCCAAAGGAGCAAUUGAGCGGUGCACAUACAUCAAGUACCACUACUCCUCAGCGACCAUUCCCAAGAACCUCACCUACAACAUCACCAAGACAAUCCGCCAGGAUGAGUGGCAUGCCUUGC